CCCGCCCUCCUACGGCUCCGACGAGAACUUGCUCGUAUUGUUGAGUUUUGCGCAAACAACAGUAGGUUUAUCUAACUUAUUUGAUACAUAUUUAUGCAAUUAAAUCGGCUGCCGAAAUCGUGUGGGGCUGUAGGAUCGAGAUAGAAUAUUGGUAAGCAUCAGUUUCGCCCUCCUUUUAGUUUCAUCGGUUUCAUUCAUCCAAAGAUCCUUAGUUUAAUCAGUGACGCCCACAGCGCCGCCAUCGGUAGGGGACCAACCAAGGAUGUUUUUUACGGUUUUUUAUGUAUAGCCCGUUGUUGAGCCCGUUUCUCCAACCGGCGGUCAAAAUAGGGGGAAAUUCUUGAAUUUUCAAAUUGCCCUACAAUCGCCGAAACUUUGCCUAUCUCCCUCAAAAUCGACCCCCGCGAAAACGGAAGUUUUAGCAAACCACCGGUUCCUUCUGACAAAAAUAAAACGUUUUAAAAUUUCAAAAUUAAAAAAAUCGAAUACAAACCAUACCCCAUGCCCCUGCAUGAAAUGAAACCAGUUGAACGACGCGCACGCCGGGUGCAAUAAAACCAAUAAUGCACCAUCAAUGAACGCACACGCCGCCGCCACCAACGCGCGCGCCCAGGUAUAUAACCUCCGAACGCGAAAAUAAAACAUGCAAGCCAGGUAGAAAUUUCACCCUCCUCCCCCUGAAUAAUAAAGCAAACCAUUCCAUUUUUAAAUCCCCAAAUCAGUUUCGUUUCGUCUUCCGACGAGAAAAGAGGUAAGCACUUUUUCACACAUUUCACAAUUAUGUCAGUUUUGUUGAAUUUGCUUGGAAAUUUUAUUCUCAAAAUCAAGCUUCGCGCAUCCCACGUUUGAAUCGGUGGAGGGGGAAAUAGCACCCAAUCAGAGGCGAGCGCUUAUACAUUGCGUGAAUGGAACUUAUAGCGGCGGCCUUUCGAAGUGGCGGGAAGGGGUGCGCGAUCUUUGCUCAAAAUUAAAUUAAUUCCAAUUUUCUGUAUUUUAAAAUUAAGAACAAAAAUAUUGUAAUUUAAUUUUAAAAAUAUUUUGAAUAUAAUUUGCAUGUUAAUUUUUCAAAAUGUAAUUAAAAUUGGUUGAAUUUCAUUUCAACAGCUACUCGUGAAUUAGGGUUGCAACCGAAACUAGUAGAGCAGGGAUAAACUGUACCAUGCAGAAACAAUUAAGUUGCUCAUCUCCACCGACGAGGACCGAGGAAGCCGGAUUUUAUUUCAACAAAUAUGACCACCGCGGGUGCCAAAAGGUUCCACAACAACAACUUCAAGAACCUAAUAUACAGAAAGUGUUUCAGAGUUUCGAUUUUUACAGUAAUUAUACGCAGAGCAGCCGAUCAUAUCUUCAACGCGUUUCAAUGGAGAACAUUUGUGCCCACGCAACAAGUUUUGGCCGAUCCAUAUUCUUUAUUUGUGUGUCAUUUCGUGCGGCUUAUUACAUUUCAGUUUCAUUUCCACUUUCACCCCCUUUGUGUAAGCGGAAAAUUUUGUAAUGUGAAACAAACAAGAGACAAGAAAAAAUGCGAGUUUUCAAUCUUGUGAUUUUCUUUGGAGUUCUUCUUGCCGUUGAAGGAUAUGAUUUGGGAGCGCCAGUCACGUACUUAAUGCUCAUUGACAAAACGCAGCAAGUGAUUCCGCAAGAUUUUGAAAGCAAACUGCGAGAUUUGCAAUUUUUUAACACAGACAAGCACGAUUUAAUUUUGAGGUCAAUUAUAUACGAUGCCAGAGUCCCGGAGGGAUCUUUUCGCAAAGCCUGCCAAACCCUGAUUACUCCAUUCAACGCAAUUUUUGAUUUUACUCUCGGUGGCUGGCCGAAAAUAAAAGAAUUGACAUCUUAUACUGGCACACCUUACCUUCAGGUGGAGCUCACAAACGGCCCUUUCUUUUUGACUGUUAUUGAAUACGUCCAGUCACUCAAAACUCAAAAGGCAGCUUUUAUUUUCCAGACGGAAAUUGAUAUGAUAUCAGCAGAGUAUGCUCUGGGUGACGAGUAUAAUUUAGAGGUGCUUUAUUUUGUUGGUUUGAAUGAAGACAGCAAAAGCUUCAUGAAGAGCAGUUUGGACUCAGACAAUGUCAUUGUAAUUUUCCACGAUUCUAACAAAGUGACAGAAAUUUAUAACCAGGUGAUUGAAUUAAAAUCAGUUGCGCCUGAGAACGUCAUCGUGUGCUUGCUGGACUUUGAAAUGAGUGAUGCCAAAACGGACUUGGCAACCCUGGGGCUGAACCUUCCAGACGGGGCUGUUACCCUGAUCAAACCGUCCAUGGCGCAAAUGUGCUGCCCGUUAAUGAGCGAGCGGUCAAAUUUUAACUGCGACUGUUCCUCUAAAACCAAAAUCAUGCCGCUGGUUUUGUCGCGAGUAGCCGACCUGUUUUUAGACAUGGUGCGAAAAGAUUUGUCGGUCAUUCGACGGAAAAGACGUUCGUUGGACUACUGUCAAUUAACGAUGGAUCAAAAUUUGGAGGAGGAAGCCGUCAUUCUCCACACCAAAUUCCACAAUUUGAUUCUAGACAUUCUUCCAAAGCAUCAAGCUCUGGAAUAUGAUUGGGACAAAAAAAUUCUGGGCUACCAAACUGUUUUGGAAGUGGUGAUGGUCAAGAAAGUUCCCCUUAAUGAGACCAAUAACAGCCGACGAUCAAAACGACAGGCUAAUAAAAACAAUUACGGACUGCAGACCCAUUUGAAUCAAGUAGUGGCGCCUCCUGGCCCAAGUGCCGAGACGCCCAAAAAAAUUUACGUUGUAGCCUAUGCGGACGAUGAACCUUGGUCAUACAGAGACGGAAAUGUUUGGUUAGGGUACUGUGUAGAUCUAAUGCAAAAAAUGGCAGAUAUGAUGAAGAUCAGCUUCAACGUGAUCCGCAUAAAUGAGUAUGGUUCGAAGCAAUCGGACGGGAGCUUCAACGGAGUCAUUGGACAAGUUAUUAAAGGAGACGUUGACAUCGUGGCCGCUCCAUUUGUGGUCACAAGUGAACUGGACGACGUGGUUAAUUUUGUCGAGCCGUAUUUUGAGCGAAUAGGCCUCUCAAUAGCAACCAUGAUUCCACAGAUUUCCAAAUCGCUGUUCAAAUUCGCGACCGUAUUAUCACCAGCAGUUUGGAUCAGUACGUUUGGUGUUUUGGGCGCAAUGAGCGUGGUGAUCUACUUGUUUGAAGUAUUUUCACCCUUCAGCUAUAGGAACGACCCCGCACGAUAUCCGUUCCCCUGCAGAGUUUUUAAUUUUUACGAGAGCGUGUGGUUUGCAUCCACGUCUUUCACACCCCAAGGUGGUGGCGAAUGUCCUAGGCCUUUGAGCGUCAGAGUGGUGAUUUUUGGCUAUUGGAUUUUUGUUGUGCUGAUGCUGGCCACGUUCACCUCAAACUUGGCCGCCUUUCUGACGGUCGAAAGGGCCCAAAACACACUAGAUUCUCUUGAGUCAAUGGCCAGACAAACACGCGUGGCUUACGCAGUGCAGAAAGGCGGACGAGCGUACAGAUACUUUGAUAAUAUGAGAAAUGCCGAGGAUCUUUUAUACAAGCAGUGGGUGGAUAAAGUUGAGGCGGCGACAGGUACCGAUGUGAAUACUUAUCGAACGUGGAACUACCCUAUACGGGAAAUGUACAAAAUCGUUUGGGAGCAGUUGAACCGAAACGGAGCUGCCGGAUUACUUGAUACGCCUGCUGAGGGAAUCAGGAGAGUUUUGGCAAAGCCCGACGGCUCAUUUGCUUUCAUUCAUGACUCGCCGUGGAUCAAAUAUGAAGUUUUGCAAGAUUGCAGACUAACAGAAAUAGGAGACAUUUUCGGGGAGCAACCAGUGGCUUUUGCAACGCAAUCAGGCGCUGACGACUUAGCAAAAUCCUUGACUGAAAAACUUCUUAUACUUCAACGAGAUCGCUAUCUUGAAGAACUUUUGGCCAAGCAUUGGAAUCAAAGCUUGAGAGCAAAUUGCGAUGGUGACACUAAAACUGAAGGCAUUUCUUUGGAGAGCAUUGGCGGAAUUUUUAUUUUCACUUUCGGCGGACUAGGAAUGGCGUUCUUUAUAGUUCUACUAGAGGUGCUUUAUCAGCAGCGAGUGAUGGCCAGAGCUAAGAAGACAACUAGAGCCAUGUUUCCACCACCCAAUAAGAUAAAACGGAAGAAAAAAUCUUCCAUCGAUUUGCUUGCUAACAAGAACGGCAGUAAUGAAAAUUUGCAAACCGACAAAAAGGUUAAAAAUAAAUCCAAAUAAUUUUUUCGCUCUUUAAAACUGGAAUAUUGUGAAGGUAAAUUUCAGUUGUAAUAGUGAUAAACUAAAUAAUUUAUUCAACAAAAACAAAAGUUAUAAAUUAUAUUCGCACUCUUGUAGAUAGUAUACAGACAAUAAAAAGGUGUGA